UCCAUAUCGGAUUCACUACUGGAGAAUUGUCUCAUGCUCAGUGCACUUACCGACUGUGGAAAGUAGCCGACAAGUUUGAGUAAACUAGUGAAAUAGUCUUAAUUCUAAGAUAUUCGUGUUGAUUACAAUGUGAAGGAAAUGGCCGGGACAAGCUCUGAUUGGGUGGAGAUCCUGGAGCCCCGCUCCCGGGAGCGCAUGUACGUGAACCUGGCCACCGGCGAGUGUGGCUGGGACCCCCCCUUGGGCGCCCCCGUACGGCAGGCCGACGGCAACCAGUGGUGGGAGCUCUUCGACCCCCAGAGCGGCCGCUUCUACUACUACAACUCUGUUGGCCGCCGUACCGUCUGGCAUCGCCCCCAGGGCGGCGAUAUCGUGCCCCUGUCCCAGCUCCAGGCCAUGAAGCGCUGCUCGGAGGCCAAGCGAGCAGGGGGGACCGGAGAAAGGCAUCCUGGGACGGGGAGUAUUGGGAGCCAGGGACGCCGCACCCCUCUACCUGAGCAGGGCCCGCCCAGCCCCAGACCCCCUGACAUCAGCGAGAAGGAGAACACGGAGCCGGAGCCAGGCCCGAGGGUGGACAGCAGACCUCCGGGAGACGGCUCCACGGACACCAGCAAGGACCCCCAGAGGGACCCCUCACAAAGAUGGCAGCCCUCUCCGGGCUCCAAGGCAGCCAUGUUGGUGAAGGUGAACAGCGUCAGCAGGACACAGCCAGGAGGAGCCUCUAGUGCUGCCCUGCAGCACCAGCACAGCACACACGCCAAACCCAACAGCCACAACACCUUCACACUUCUCCCUGUCAGUAGCAAGCCCCCGGGGGGCCAUGUCUGCUCUGCGCAGGGCUAUAAGACUGCCCCUUCUGGCAAGAUGGCUGCCGAUGCCCGUCAGGCUCACCACCUGAGGAAGGGGAGUAACGGCAGCUUCUGUCUGGUGACCUCCGACCAUGGCCACCCUAGCCCUGGCCCUCAGAGGUCCCAGACGAGCACCCCGCGACCUGUUUCUCCCCAGUAUGGCUCUGGAUCUCCGCUCUAUGAUGACCCAGUGUCAGAGUGUCCAAUCUAUGACGAGCCCCCAGUGGACAUGGAGGUGGAGGGGGCUCACCUCCACAACGGACCCUCCCUGCCCCGCCUCACCCCCAAUCACAGCCUCCAGAAAUCCAGGCUCCUCCAGCAACCUGGUCCCUCUCACUUAGGCUCCAGACACAAGAGAAACCCCUCUGCCUCCGACUACAGCCCAGCAGGCCUGGAAUGCAUCAAGCACAUGGUCAACGUAGACCCCAAACAGGGGAUUCUGUCCAGCUCUCCUGUCCCUACACGCACCCCCUCCCCAAUCUCUAGACCUGACCCCCAGGCCCAGGCCCAGCCCAAUCCCCAGCACCAGUCCCAGUCCCAGCCCAAUCCCCAGCACCAGUCCCAGCCCAAUCCCCAGCACCAGCCCCAGGCUCAGCACCAGCCCCAGGCUCAUCCCCAGCCCCAGACCCGAGGGCAACAGCGAGAGAGGGAGCCCGGGACACCUGGCCCUAACACCCUGGAGAAGAAGCAAACAUGGAGGGCCCUGGAGGCCACUGUGCAGAGAGCCAUGGAAGCACGCCACAGUAGACAAAGUAGCCAGGCCUCCCAGGACUUCCCUACCCCGCCUCCACAGCCUGCAGCUACCUACCAGGACUCUGGCUACUCCACCGGACCCUCCCCCAGCCUGAGGAGAAAGAGCCGCAGAAGAGUUGGGGCCGGGGGUCGGCCCGGCUCAGUGGGCAGCAGCGGGGAGCUGUGUGCCCUCAAUGAGAGGCUGAUGGCGGAGAUGAGGGAGGUUGUGAGCCGCUCCAACACCAUGAGGGAGGUUAGGGCUGACUCAGAGGUGGGGGAGAGAGGGGCUGUGCCCCGGACUCGCUCCCCAGCUGAGUCGCUCAGGUGGUUUGGAGGAGGGAGGUGCUCAUCCAGGGAGGAUGUAGUUGCUGGCGCUGGUGCCAGCCGCUCGUUGAGCAGGGUGGGUAACCAUGGCAAUGCGGCCUUGAACCCACUGGAGAUGCCUGGUAGGCAGAAGAGGACCUACGAGAAGGUGGACACUCUGGAGACGAGCAUCGCCAGCCAGGCCAGUCUGUCCUCCCCAGAGACCUCCGGACCACCACCCCAGGUGGGGACUCUGGAACUGCAGGCUCAGUUGGACAGCAGGAAAAAAGGGAUGGUCGACGGCCGGACCGGCUCCUUGGGCCCCCACCGCCCCGUUACCCAUGACAACCAAGAGAUAGGAGAGGAGGGGGGAGGAGGAAGAGCAGGUUCUUCCUACCAGCUCUCCUAUGCCACCCUGCGCCAGCCCCCGCCCCCAGACACAGGCAUGGCUGACUGGGCCAGCAAGCACCUGAACAUGCACACCCAGGGCCUGUUCCGCCGACGUGUUUCCAUCGCCAACAUGCUGUCCUGGAACCGCGGCUCCAUCAAGAAGCCUAUGUUGGUGACCAGUGACCGCGCUGUCAGGAAGGAGGCGUGCGAGAUGUUCAAGCUGGUUCAGGCCUACAUGGGUGACCGGCCCUCGCGGCUGGACCGCCGCCACUCCGCCCUGCUCAUUGUCACCAAGUGCUGGGGCAUGCAGGGCUUGCGGGACGAGCUAUAUGUGCAGCUGGUCAGGCAGACCACAGGCAACACUAGCCCCAGGAGCUUGGCAGCUGGUUGGGAGCUGAUGGCCGUCAGCCUGGCCUUCUUUGCCCCCUCGCCCAAGUUCCGCUGCUACCUGGAAGGAUACAUCCAGAGGCACACGGAGCCGGCCAACGACAAGAAACGUGAGUCUCAGACUGAGCAACAGGUUACUCAGUUCAUACUGGACCAGCAGGACCUGAAGCUGAAAAAGAAUUCAAAGUCCAGAAAGAAACGCAAACAGAACACAGACGAAGAAGAGGGCCUCCCAAUUAGCACAUAUGCUAAGUUCUGUUACCGCAAACUGCAGAAGGUGGCCAUAACUGGAGGCAAAAAGGGUCUUCGUAAACCCACCCUGGAGGAGAUCGACCACAGCAGACGGGCCAUCGUGACCCCCUCCCUGUUUGGCAGCUCCCUGGAAGAGGUGAUGGAGCGCCAGAGUGAACUGUUCCCGGACAGGAAGCUGCCCUGGGUGCAGGUGCAGCUCUCCCAGUAUGUACUGGCUUUGGGUGGAGCCCAAACCGAGGGCAUCUUCAGGGUGCCUGGAGACAUUGAUGAAGUGAAUGCACUGAAGCUCCAGGUGGACCAAUGGAGAAUCCCAGAAAACCUGUCAGAUCCUAACGUACCUGCCUCUCUGAUGAAGCUGUGGUAUCGGGAGUUGGAGGAGCCUCUUAUUCCCAUGAAUUUCUACAAGCAGUGUGUCAGUAACUAUGACGACCCUAUAGCAGCCAUCGCAGUGGUGCAGUCCCUCCCUGAGCUCAACAGACUGGUCCUGUGCUACUUCAUCCAUUUCCUUCAGGUGUUUGCCCAGCCUGCCAAUGUGUCUGUAACAAAGAUGGAUGUGAAUAAUCUUGCCAUGGUAAUGGCUCCCAACUGCCUCCGCUGCCAGUCUGAUGACCCACGUGUGAUAUUCGAGAACACACGCAAGGAGAUGUCCUUCCUGCGAAUGCUCAUUGUCCAUCUGGACACAAGUUUCAUUGAGGGUGUUGUGUGAGCUCCUGGCUCCUCUGGUAUUCCAGGCACUGAAUUUCAAUGUGAACAGAACAUGAGGAGAAACUGUAAAGUAAACAAGACGUUUACCCAUGGUCUCACCAUAUCCACCACAUUCAUGAGUACUGUAAAUGAUAGUUUGUUAAGAUAUUGUCUUUAUCCACAGUCUACUUUCUGACAGAGUAAUAGACCUGGCCUAAGGCUGCAUGUUGUGUGCUUUCAUGUCACACCCACUGUGGUGGCACAUUAGAAAAGUAAAAACCUCCUUCAAACCGGUUUUAAUCUGUCUUCUUUUGCUGACUAUUUUGUAACUGCAUGUAAACUUUGACAUUACUAAAUUUAAAUUUAUGUCCCACUGUGCAGUGCUAUGGGGGUCACUGGAUAGCUUGAUUGUGUUAAAUGACACUCAAAUAAUAAUUUUGGUCAUGGAAAAUGCUAGCUUAAUGCACCAGACAACAAUGCCUUAUUUAUACAAACAAGUCUGGCUUUGCUGUCAGGUUCUUACUAAUGUUUUUGUGUGUGUUGUUAACACACAUUUAUGUCUGUGUGUGUGUGUGUGUGUGUUUGUGACACAGUAAUGUACAAACCAAGAGAUGAAUAUAAGGAAAAUCAUGUAAAAAAAAAAAAAAAAGCUUGCCUGUGAUGUUUUAGUGGUUAUGUUAAUAUCAAUACAUUUUUACUAGGAUGGUUAUUUAAUUAAAUAAUACCACCAUACCUGUUAUACAGUAAAGAUCCCAAAUUUUUGGAUCAUUUUAGCUUGGUGUUCAGUUAAGUGAACAAAAGGGAUUUUCCACAGCUCAAUUAAACCGAGGUCAGUGUUUAGGGUACAUAUAUAUUAUGUAUGAUUUCCCUUUAACAUCUUAAGACGAUCACACACUCAUGUCUGUAAUCUGACCCAUUCUCUGCAACUCAGUUUACUGUAAAUUCUAUUAUGUAUGAUGUCAUAUCCUUUGGCUCGGGUGUUUAAACGGGUGUAGGUAACUACUCAUGGCUUCCCCUUCUUUCACUGCUCUCAAACUAAUGAUGAAGCCUUGUUUAACUGUCAAGCACUACAAGAUAUUGUAGAUAUGACUGCCCUCUGGAGGCUUUGAUGAUGUACAUACGUUCUGCUUGUAAAUAAAUAAAUAGGUAUUUUGAGUGGAUCUACAGCAAAGGUGAACCUUCCUGUUAAGAGGAAGAACACAUUUUUGUAAUUAAUGUUAAAUUCCCUGCUGUAUGUGCCUGCCUUUGAAGAUAGUACUGAUUAAAACCACUCUCCACGUGUGUGUUCAUGUUUGCAUAUCCCCUGUUAUAAUACGGAAUGAUUAUUCUAUAUAUAUAAAUAAAGGUUUGUCCAAUGUAA